CAUCGAUUGCCCUUGCGGUAUCCUUUGUCAUUAACGUGUUUGUAGUGUCCGUUUUCGCUCAUGAUGUGUAUGGAAAGACUAAUCAAGACGUGCAAAUAAUUAUACAGCCGAUAUCAACAUUUAUAAAGGCGGAUUAGUACUUGGAUGUUUUUAUGGUGGACUAUCGAUGUACGUGUGGGCUAUUGGUAUACUAGCAGCCGGACAAAGUUCUACCAUGACUGGCACAUACGCAGGACAAUUUGCUAUGGAGGGUUUUCUUAACCUGCAAUGGGCACGUUGGAAACGUGUAUUGUUCACCAGAACAGUGGCAAUUAUGCCUGCGUUUUAUGUUGCUUUCUUCAGUAGAUUGGAAGAUUUAACUAAAAUGAACGAUAUAUUGAAUGCCGUGAUGGCUUUACAGCUUCCAUUCGCUGCGAUACCUACAGUCGCCUUUUCUUCAAGUGUAGCAUUGAUGAAAGAAGACUUUGUGAAUGGCAGACUUGAAAAAAAUAUUUCUAUCACACUCAGUUUUACUGUUAUUGGUAUAAACCUUUAUUUUAUUGUGGCCAAUUUAGAGCAAGUAAAUUUAACGCCUUUGAUGAUCUUUAGCGUUGUUUUUUUCGGUAUGUUUUACAUAGCUUUUAAUUUGUAUCUUCUAUUGCAUAUGAUGGUAAAUUUAGGAAAUAAAGCAGUAGCUUCAAAUUGGGUUAUAAAGCGGUUUGUUUUGGAUAAUAGCCAUUUGUUUUCAAAUCUGAAUGGCAAUGGAAUGUAAAGCGUAAUAAUAAAGGAAUGUUUUUUGCAAUACAGAGAAUGUACUAGAUGUGACUAGAAAUCGUACUGAUAUGAGAUGUUGCGACUAAGUAGUUACAAUUAUGAUAAUGUUUCUUCUUUUUUCGUGGAUUCAUAACGGAUGUACAGCAACUGAAAGUAAAACGUAUUGGGCUAUUCAUUGAAAUAAAUUAAUUUUGAAUUAUAAACUGUUAAUAAAAUAAAACAUACUUUUACGUUACCAUCA